AUGACGCAUUAUCCAACACAUGGGCGGAUUGUCCCAUCCCGCAUGGCCCAAGUAGACUUCUCGUCACUUCCAGAAUGCAACGAGCCGCAGCCAAUCAGCCCGCGGCACCUCUGUGAUGAAGACCAGGUCGAAUCCUGUUCGUGCACGGCCGUCCAAGUCCAAGUGUGUGACAUUCACGGGCUGCUGGACCUGCCGAUCUCGCAAAAUAAAAUGUGACGAGCGGCAGAAUAACGGGUGCGCAGUGUGUGAAAAGGCUGGCUUGGAGUGCGCUGGCUACAGUGUAAACUUGUCGUGGGUGACGGGCCGGGUGCAGAACCUUCAGGGCUUGCACCGGCGGAAGAUCAUUACAGGUCAGCCUCCAGCAUUCGUUUUCUCAGCGGGCCAAAAUGGCUACCCUCCGGGCAUAAUUAAUCAAUUACUAGGUGGGCCGGCAUUACCGUCCAAUUGCAAUGACCCUAUCCAAAGGACUCCUGGGAGCCCGGUACAAUCCUCAGAACCAACUGAGAGCAUUGAUGACGACAACCCUUCCACUGGACAGCACGACAAUGGAUGGGAUACAAAUGCAGAGAGCCUUGACUGCACAGAUUGGGGCCUCUCAGCUGAAGAGCAUCCAAACUUAGAAACAGUGUCAGGUAAAUCAAAGGCGCAUCAUUUACCUGCUCCUUUCUUUACUCUUUCAAUGCCCAUGUUCAGAGACCAGGAAACAUCCAUGCUCAUGUUCCAUUAUAUGAACCAUGUGGCCGAACUGCUACAACCCGUUCUGCACUCGCGUAACCCUUGGAGGACUACAUAUUUCCCUUUCGCCCUAUCAGGAUGCCCGGAGCUUGUUCUUUACCAACAAAACGCAACCAUAUCAUCGCAAAUAUCGACCUCGCUAUUCCACAGUUUGCUCUCGGCUGCCGCAUUUCACCUGCGCAACGCCACUGACGGUUCACCCAAAUUUCAUCAGCUAGGGCUUCAGCACCGAAUCAAGGCGCUGCGUGCUCUGAACUCUACGACUGUCCAUCCGGGCGACCCGCAGCUGUACACAUUGCACUUAACAGCAAUGCUGUCACUAGUCACAAUCGAUACAAUGACUGGAGAAGACUCCGACUUCCCAAUCCACCUCCAAGCAUGCCGACGACUACGCCAGCAAGGCUUACCACUUAGCAUAAACAGAGGAGACUCAAGCAACCAAGUCACCAGUAUCUGCCGCUUCCUCACCCUCCUCGCCCAAACAACAUGCCUCGAAAUCUCUCCUCGACCGUGGCCACCCGAUGACCAACUUCCCGCCUCCACCCGGCCACAUUUUCACCCCGAUGAGAGAAGUAUCGAAUACAUAUACGGAAUCACCCCCGAACUUGCCAACUUGCUGCACAAAACAUGUCGGAUCGCAGAACACCUCGCCUUCUAUCGCCAACAGGCCGGUACACCGACUCCUGUGUCUCUUUGCGCAGCAUACAAGGCAUUGGGUGAGGCCAUCAUGGCCUGGGUCAUUGACGCGGAGCCGUUCCAUCUCAUCCAGCGACAGGAGCGCACUAUGCUUGAGAUUGCGCGUUGCCAGGCUCGCGCGUUCCAUAGCGCGUUGCUGAUAUACUACCGCCGCACAGUGAUCGAUGGCGAUGGCUUCGUUGUCGAUGUAGAUGUUGAGGCGGAGGCAAGUGCUGUCUGGGAGAACCUGACGGCGGCGGAAGACCUCAAGGAUGCAUAUAUGGGCGGUGUGAAGAGAACCGCGCCUAUGUCGUGGCCGGCAUUUAUUGCCACGUGUGAGACGAGGAACCGCGAACCCUGGGUUAGGUGGUGGACCCGGGUUGAGGGUUAUGGUCUAGGAAACUUUUCGCGGCAGUGGAGAGUCAUCCAAGAGGUUUGGCAUGUUACAGAUGUAGAUGGGAAUGUGGAUAGUUGGAGAGAGGCGCUACGGCGAAUAGGGAGACUGGUCUUGCCGGUCUAACUGAGCAUAAGAGGCAAGGAUUGUUUAAAGAAGUGAUCCUAAGAGAAAAUAGUGGGUUUCUUCAUUGAAUGUAUGUUGUUUCUUAUA